GCGUCUCCCAUUAUCUAUUGAAAAAGUGGUUGAAAGUCGAUGCGAAUUCAUACAUCUUUCAUUCAUGCGGGAACUUACGCACCCUCGACCAUUUACAUACUACAUAUAUAUGCUUAUGUGUGCGCGUGUAUCCAUAGGUACAUACAUACAUAUGCGGGGGCAAUUCGUGAAAACUGGGUACUCGAUACACCUGACUAGUACAGUGGCAAAUUGACGUGUGCCCACCAAUCGCGAAAUUUUACGUUCGCAACUUUCCCACUGGUGGCAAAAGUCAGGAGCAGCGGAGGUUCGGGGCACGUAAGAAUUUUGGUGUGUGGUGAACGCAAGUCAACUUGUCGCUAAUUAGGCGUAUGAAGUGGCCAGUUUUCACGGAUUAUCCCUGUAUAGAUAGGUAUACAUAUGUAAUAUGGGAAAUUCCACGUCAAUUCGAGGCACUGUUUUGAGUUUUCAGAAAUUCAUCCCUCAAAACCAGCUGGACACAAAUGUUUGAAAAAAAUCUAACAAGAGUCAUCGUACAAACAAUCGCUGAAAAAUCGAAGGGAGUCACUGUUUUCGGUUUAUCGAAUUGACGUGGAAUUGCCCAUACAUAAAAAGUAUACAACAUACGUAUCCACAGUACGUGAUCUAUGGUACGUGUCUACAGGGUAUAACCGCACGGUUUUAUUCGUGAGCAGCCAACGUUUGCACGUCGAUAAGGCAUGGUGGAGUUCUAUAAUGGUCACAAUAGUUAGCCUUGUAUUUUUCAGGUCGCGUGCAUUAGCCGGUAUAUGUCCGCAUUGACCAACCCCGUGGAAUACUGAAGAGAAUUUAGGAAAAAGUGUGGUAAAAUGAACGAUGAGUAUAAGGUAAGAACUACCUACGUAUACCCUCUACAUCGGAGCUGUAUGAAAAAAUAAUAAUGCAGCCAUACGUGUAUAACGUAAACGAAUAGUUGUUCCUUAUGGGAAAUUACCGCCAAUCGAGUAGAAUUCGAUCGUUUAAUUAUUCAAAUCAGACGGAGCGACGCCGUCGCUCAGUUUAUACCCGGAUCGAUUCCUUUUCAGCUUUAACAUUAAUUUACUGCGGUUAUCCUCGAGGAGUACAAGUCUAGGGAAAGCGGGGAGACUAUACUCUACUACGCAUUAUUUUACUCCCAAUCUCCACUCCCACCCCCAUCGCCCUGCUUCGCGACACUUACAGAAGUGAAACAAAAUAAACGAGAAAGCUAAGUCCUGCUCACGGAUUUUCGUGGCUUUAAGUAAUAGCGGGGCUUCGGGAGAUUAUUGAAAGAUUAUUUUGGAGACCCGAAUGAGGGUGCGCACCCUACUGACCGACGAUGACAUGACCUUGAUCGCUUCAUUCGUUGGUACUUGAUUUAGAAAAUUGGUAAAACUACCGCUGAGCUCAGAAGUAGAAGGUUCUGGUCAUAUGAGUUAAAUAAAUCUGAUUGUAAGUUCGCCAAUUAGAAGAGAAUACAUCUUAAUAUCAAUAUUUACGUGUUCCCUCGUCGCACUUUUUCAUUUUCCGUAAGAUUAACAUGGGGACCAUAUAUUCGGUCUCAAAUCUAAAAAGUCCAAAAAUCAUCAAAUUUACUAUGAAUCUAACUUUGACUUUGAAUAAUUAGGGUUCAAUUCCCUGCAAAAAUAUGUUUGGUCACGUCUAUGUAUAUGUAUGUACACUAAUUAGUCGACGAGUAAUAAAAUUCGAAAGCAUCGAACAAUAUUUUUCCCGUAAUAAUCCAUAAUUUCCAUGAUUUUAACAGGCGUGUUUCUGGGCUCGAAUGAAACUUUGCGUCUGUUUCCAGAAAAGAGAGGAAAAAUUUAAUUUUUUCAACACCCCAAUGUACGUACGUGGUACAUAUACUUAUACGGUAUCGUAUUUUAUAUUACAUUCGUCGUACUAUUUGUAAUUGGUAAUUGCGGCGGUUUGGCGAACGGAAUAAGGAAGUCACAAUUGCUCGGAGCUUUCAUUCAGGCUUUCGACCUGUAGCCGCAGUCUUUGACAAUGAGCUCAACCCUCAUUUUACAUCUGUGACUGCACACAUAUCACACGACUCGUCGGAGGAUGCGUUUUUCCUCGAUAAUUCUAUGCGCGCAAAUAAUAACACCUGAGAGGCAAUUAUCUACUUCUGCCUAAUAGAAUGAGUCAUCGCGUUGCCUUCACUGAUUCAGGAGCAGUAGAGUCCCGUAUUAUUUAUUGUCGUACUUUCCAAACAAAUCAUUUUCAUCUAUUUGAAACAAAAAUUCCUGUUUGAAUAAAUAUCGUUUAAUCUGUAUCAAAUAUCGUUUGAUCGAUCGACGGUAUAAUCAAUGAAUAUCGAUUGAUUUAUGAGUCCAGUCGUACGGUAUAAGUAUACCAAAAGAAAAAUUCAGCCCAGAAUGGAUUAACAAAAAAAUGAACAAAAAUAGCAUUCUUAAUUUCACACGGUUUAUAAGCAAACAUAUGCAAAAACAAAAACUGGUAUAAACCGCUUAACGUGGUAAGAUGAGAAUUGUGAACUGUAGUCAUGCACUUCCCAUGUCCUUCUAUUGUUUGUACUUGAGAUAUUACGCGAGUGCUAUUCCAAUGUUGCGUAAUACAAGCACAAGUAUAUCUACAUUUUUUUAUUUUCCCCAAUUUUCCAUUUUUUCUUAUCUAAAUUCACGAAGAUUCGGUAGCACCUGUAACUGAAGAACCACCUAUAUUAAACCAGCGCUAUACGAAUGUAACGAGGAGUAUCAGUUACACGAUUUACGUUAGAAACGUAAUUAACGCAAUAGUACACGCAUCACGCCGUACUUCUUAUGUGCGCAUAUGCAGGAAUACAGGCAACGUGUUUUGUGUCAAAUUUCAAGUACAAACUCAUUGUCAGACGAACUGACAAUCGGAUGUACACGUCAUUCGAGGUUCCGUUUACCAGAUUCGUGUAAUUUUUGAAUUGCAAGUUCAUGUUGCAGUAUGAGUAAUGACAUCUCGGGAUUAUGUUAAUUCAUAAAUUUACGGAUUCUCAACUCAUCUCACGACACACCCGCCGCUAACAUAUCGAAUUAACAACGUCGAUGGAAAAAAAUUGAACAGAACGAGUACGCGUAUUGCAUCGAUAUUAAUAUAUCGGAAAACGUUGUUCGAAGCGUCCGCCCGACCGAUCGAGCUCAUUGUCAAAUGCGGGUGAAAAUUAAAGAAUAAAAGGAGCGAUAGCUAGGUGUGUGCGGUGAGCAGAUUGCGGCGAUUGUUACCGGUUCAGCACUGGCUAGGGGCUAAUCCGAAUUCGAAUAAUUUCGGCUAUUCUCGCGCUCGUCGAAGUUAGCGUUCCGACUCCGAGGCAGGCGUUCGACGCUCGGCGUCUCGGUGGUUCUCUUUAGGUCGUCAGUAACGCGGACGUCGACGGGGCGUAUAGGUAGAAAGAUCGACGCUGCAGGCGUCGAGUAGCAGUGGCCGUAUCACUCGGCUCGAAUGAAUCCGUUUGCUGCUGCUGCUGCUGCCGCGAGUCCGCAAAGCCGCAGCCUACGGUGGUAUAAAGUUUAGCGUAAAUAAAAAAAAAAAAGUCGAACAAAAGUCAGGUCGACUAGAUCGAAUCGAGCUCAAGUUUGGUUCAGCUGAUUCAAAUCAAUCCAGAGUUGAGGUGCUGAGUCAACGCGAGAGACAUGUGAGAGACGGAGGAGGCGCGCCCAAAUAGACAAGCAAUAAAAUUUACUCCUCAUCCAGCUGAACUAACGGCAGAAUAUAAAAUCGCACACCAAACUAUCUGAAUUUUCACUCCGAAUUAUCGAAAUUAUUACUAACCAGUGAAUGCGCCAAUAAAUAUGUGACCUCAUACCGUAAAUAAUAAAAGGUCAAAAUAAAACAAAUGUUCCACACACUACGUUACACCAUAUAAAGCCGCUGCAGUGAUCCGUUCGACAUUUAAAUGUUCGUGACCUUAUAAUAUCAAAGUGAUUGGUACAUAUUGUUAGAAUCGCGAUUGUUUUUAAUGUAAAGUUAACUAUUUAGCAAUAACAAUUAUUAAAUCCUACGGUGGUUUAAUAAUUAACUGUAAUCUGCGCUCCACGUCAUUGCAUAAGUCGCGUGUCCUAUGAAGUAAUCUUAAUAAAACACAUGUUAGACAUGAUAUGUCGCAUACAUAUUAUGGAGCGGCGUAAGACAGAAAUUCCAUAGGCGAAUAAAUUGACAUUCUUCGAGUCUUAAAUAUAAAUGUAUAAAAAAAUCAUACGUCAUCGCAAGAAGUGAAAGAGCAUGUGGGAUCCCGAAUACUCCGAACGAAACUGACCGUGCGCUAUUAUAUUACAAUACCAUCGUAUACCCAACGUUGAACGUACCUAUAGAAAACUGUAGUGUUUCGAGAAAAAAAAAAAAAAAAGAAAAAAAAAGAUACAGUGAAAUAAAAACGUUACCGCCCGGAUCAUUUCGUAAUACCGUAAUACAAAUACCACGCCCGACUCGACUCGGAUAUAAGCUCAUUUAUUUAUUCGUUUGUGUAUUCAACUAUUAAUUUUUCGCACUUUAAGGGAUUCAAUUAUCUCUGUUGCGAUAAAGAUAAAUCAAAGAUAAACCAAUCGCGGUCCCUUUCGAUAUAUAUAUUUAUAUGUAUACGUACGGAUAUACUCUUUACGUGUAAUAAUACCCUAACACGCGGCGUGUUCCGAUCAUUCACAUCUUUCGAGAGUUAUCCUAGCUUUGAGCGAGCAACUAUCCUAUACACCAAAUGCAAUAAUAAUAAAAAUAGUAAUAAUAAUAAUAACAACGACAACGACAACAACAACAACAACAACAUACUAAGUUAUACGGUUACGAGUUUAGCAGUUAUACGUAUCAUAGAAAUCCGCGAAUUGCAAAAAAAACGUAUGCGCGAGAGUGGUACUGCACUUUGGCAAGACAAUACAUUAAUAAAUAAACCCUAGUCUAUAAUGUAUUUCUUCACGUACACAUGACGUAAUUGUUGGUAUCGUAAGUGUACGGGUUUUUAUCGUAAUUCUACAUGCAACAACGAUUGUCGAUAGUUUGAAUUUCAUUAUAAGAAAUUAUUUGACAGGAUAAGAAAGUACAGUUCCUAUAUACCUAUGUUAUCGCGUUAACGGACAAUAAUGAAUCGGUUGAUCGAUUGGAUGAAAAUUCGGCAUAGUGAUAUGAUUAAGAAUAUUUAAUUUCCAUUGCAAUCUGAACAAUAUAAGUUUUACGGAUGCACCGCGGUAGCAGGAAUCAUCGUUAAUCAGCUGCGCAAAGUAUAAAUGGACGGGCCGGUUCCGCAUUUGGAACAGGCGGCAUCGGCUGCCUGCACCAUGGCCACUAAUUUUUUGGCCCCAGUUAAAACCGAACGACAAAUUUACGAAAAUUCAAUGCUGGAAGACGACCCGAAUGCUAAUUCAGUUGUACCCACAUCAUUUGAGGACAGAACAGUACCCAGAUGGGGACCGAACCACAAGGGAGCCCAAGAAUUGGCAAAUCUUUAUAGCACGGGAAAGAGAACCCAGGAGUGUAUAUGCGUUGGUAUUUGCAUUACUCUUAUGGUAGUGAACUUUUUGUUCAUAUUGCUACGAUUAAGAUUUGAAAACUUGAGUGCAAUAGCGGUAGCAGCGUUAUGUGGAAUCGUAACGGCAGAUUUUGGAUCAGGAUUUGUUCACUGGGCAGCAGACACGUGGGGUUCAGUCGAAUUACCAAUUUUAGGAAAGAAUUUUUUGCGACCAUUCAGAGAGCAUCACAUAGAUCCCACGAGCAUAACCAGGCAUGAUUUCAUCGAGACGAACGGCGAUAAUUUUAUGGUAACGAUACCAUUCCUCUGCAAAUUAACCUGGGACUUUUUAACCCUUUCGGAAACGGAGGUCCAGCAGAGGUUCUUGUGGACUUGUUAUUGGUUUUUACUCGCCAUUUUCGUUGCAAUGACAAAUCAGAUUCACAAAUGGUCUCACACGUAUUUCGGUCUGCCUGGCUGGGUAGUUUGGCUACAGGAACAUCGGAUAAUAUUGCCACGGAGGCACCAUCGUGUGCACCACGUGGCGCCGCACGAAACAUAUUUUUGUAUAACAACCGGCUGGUUGAAUUGGCCAUUGGAGAAACUUUGUUUCUGGGCAAUACUAGAAGCGAUGAUAGAAAAGUCAACUGGCUUUAGACCGAGAGCCGACGAUAUGAAGUGGGCGCAAAAACGAUCUUGAAAUACGAUCGGAUUAUACAACUUCGCGAAAGUUUAUUACCAAUUACCAAACUUCACAUUUCUAUAUCUAUAUAUUUCUACUUUUUUUGGACUACUGCAGUGUGUCGGAAAUCAAAGAAUUUGAACAAUAAUUAUGAUGAUAUAAACCGUUUUUAAAAUUGAAGAUAUACAUGUGGGUAUGCGUGAUGUUUAAAAAGAAAAAGUGAAGAAGAAAACGCGAAAGAAUCAAAUAUGUAAAUCAUCCCCCGCGGUUUUCUAAUCGAAUACAAAAAAGGCAAUAAUUACAUAACUAUGGCGCGUAACCACAAUGAACUGAACACCUAUAAAUACUAUACCAUGACUAGAAUAAUCUAAAUACUAAAAUACGGUAAUACAUUGUUAUUGUUGACACGGUUCCAUCUAAAACUGUUGAAUUUUACGAUGCUUGAAUAUUUCAAUAUUCGCUAUAAUAUGAUGAAUUUAUUUAUUAUUUUCGAAUGACUCAAUUAGAUUAAUUCAUCGUGGGGGAAGUUCUCUAGAACCCUCUGAACCUCUUACAAGCCCUUUAAAAUCAUCGCCAAAUGAAUAACUACAGGUUUAUUAUGUGCUGUACAUUAUACUACAUGUCACGCGCUAUUGGAGCGCAUAGACACAAUCCCGACUUAAUCAGGGAGUGACAAGGGACUUGUGACACCUAAUGGUCUUUACUACCCGACCAACACCUAAUUGUGAAUUACGAUAAUUUUUUUAGGUUUGGGUUUGGGUCUCCCCCGCCUUGAAAUUGCUAUUUGAGUACUCAGAAAAUGACACUAUGUGCCUGAAAAAAGUUUUAGAGCGAAUUUUCACUGAAGCCUGGAUUUGGCAUUAUUACCAAAAACGCUUUCGUAAACGCCUUGAAAUCAUUUGAGAAUUUAAUAACGAAAUAUUUUUGCAUUGAACUAAUCUACUUAUCACACUUAUUAUACCUAAUUUCAAAUGAAUAUUAAAUAAUUUAUCAUACAUUACACGACAUCGCGACCUCUGUGACAAAAAUUUGAUGCAGGGUAUUUUUGUUAAAUGGUAUACACCAUACAAUUAGCACACGGAUAUUUAAUAAAAAUCGAAAUUCAUGCUUGAUACAUAAAAAUCAUGCACAGGGCAUUCCACGUCGAGGAAAGGAAAUUUUUAAAUGAAAAGUAAGAUUUUGAAAAAAGUAUGUAUCAUAUUUUUAUCUUUAAACUAUGUAUAAACUUUCAGCUGAGGUGCCCAUUUCGCCCGAGUUUCGGAUAUACCAUACGCGCGUGUGAGGUAUGAUAAUAUGCAUUUAUCGUGUGUCAAUACGCGUAUUGUACGCAAUAUUCGGUUGCGGCAAUGAUUUGUCAAAAAAGAGCGAAUCCUUACGAAUUUAUAAUACCUAUAUAGAAACAAAAUCGUCCACCAAAGCCUGUAUUAUACUACACGUACAAUACAUAUUCUAUUAUUAUAGUAUAUUACAUAGACUGCUUUAAAUUUUAUACGUAAUAGAUAUAUUGUGAACGCGGUGCGAAAAUAAUGUACAUACAACACGUGUGUAGUAAAUAAUGAAAACCGAAGAGGCGUUAAAAACAAAAGAAAACUAUAAUAAAAUUCUCUGAACCUUUGUCGUAUAAAAUGUGUUCAUCACAAGAUGUAAGAAAACAAUUCAAUCCGUACCCGCGAUAUUUUUGAGUGUGAAUUAUAUGAGCUUCGGCAUUAAUUGAAUUUGAUAUCCUCUGCAUGUUGGCGAAAAUUGUCAUCGACAAAUAAUGAAAAAUAUAAACCAGAUUAUAAAUACACGUGAAACAUUCUAUAAGGUUCAGGGACCAAGAAACCCUGCAUACUCUGCAAUAUUUGUUACCUAUAUGCUUUCCGCGCCGAUAAUUGAACCAGUUUUUGAAUAAAUAUAGGAACCCUGCGCUGAUACGCUUUUAACAAAUAAUUAAAUGAUACUUUAGGAAUAGUGAUAACAAUAAAAAUAAUAAUAUUAAUGAAAAUGUUAUUCAAAAUGGCUCAUUGUCAGAGAAUGCCUUAUAUACACAGAAACGCAGGAUUGAACGUCGAUAUUUUCAUAUCAUUGUAUAAAGUGCGAUGAAUAGUUUCGACACAAAAAAAAAAAAAAAGAUUCACCUGCAUCUUGACUUUACAAUCAUCAUCUUUGUUCAUCCAUCAUUUUAAUUGCCCAUAGUUAUUCUUUUAUGUUCAUUUAAUUUUAUUUCACAAUUCAUCCGUUUUUUGUGUUAAAAGACUUUAUAAAGCUCUGUACGUAAUUUCCUGCCUUUCUCUGAAAAACACAAUUGAAUGUAACGCACGUAUGUGAAAUUCAAUAUACACACCAUGCUAAUUAAUAGUUGAUUUACCUAUGUCAAUUUGAGACUAUGUAUACGUGUAACGCAUGAAUUCAAAUCAAACGAUGUUAUUUGCCUUGUCAAUUUUAUACAGGUAUUUACGAUGUAUUGGAGAGCGAUUUAAUAAAUGAUUUUAAAAUCUAUAUUUUCGAGUUUGGGAUAAAAAAAAGAUAUACAAUUUUAAAGAACCAAUAUACGUUAAUUUAUAUGUACGAAUCUAUAUUGUUUGCAUAUUACUAAACGAGUGACAGAAUAUCUAGUGAAUCAUAAUAUAUUGUACCACUACUACAUAGUGUAGGUAUAAAAUGGAUGCAAGUAUUAUGUUAAAUGGGCAAAGACUAAAUAUACUCGAUUUAAACACCUAA